CGUUGAUGGACCCUACGAAAAAGAUAAAAAGCUCUUUACGGACUUCAUUGUCUUUUUGACUCACUGAUUGACUUUGCCACUCUGUCCCUGGAAGUUGUGACUGGCCAUUUAGCGCUUUAUCCAUAAAAAUGGCUUUGCACUUUCCGCUACCCUAAAACACCUCGAAAUGCCAGCAUUUACAGGGGAUCUGAAAGCAUUUUGUGUUGCAUUGCCAAAAGUCGAACUCCAUGCCCAUAUCAAUGGCUCCAUUAGCUUUGAUACCAUCAAAAAGUUAACGGAAAGGAAGAAAGCUGAAAAGCCGUACCUAGCUGACUACCAGAUACCUGAAAACAGUCUGGAUGGCAUCAAUGAUUUCUUUCCUCUGUUUAAACUGAUCUAUCAGCUUACUGACGAUAUCGAGGCAAUCAAAAUAGUCACCCGAGAUGUCAUUGACGAAUUUGCUAAAGACGGGACACGGUAUCUAGAGCUGAGAAGUACACCAAGAAAAUACGAUGACACAGACUUGAAGACGAAGGAUCUGUAUGUUCAAACUGUUCUAUCGGUCAUCAACCAGCCUCGGGACGAUAUAGUUGUCAAGCUAAUUCUGUCAGUGGAUCGACGCAACACCUUGGAGGAAGCGAUGGAAACGGUUGAAUUGGCGAUCAAGUACAAAAAUCAAGGCGUUGUCGCAGUUGAUCUGUGUGGGGAUGUCCAUGCUGGAACGUUCGAGACCGUCAAGCCUGCAUUCCUUAAAGCGCAGCAACAUGGGUUGAAAGUAACGCUUCAUUUUUGUGAGGUGCCCGAAAACCUUCCUGAAGCACCUUCUCUAUUGGCCAUAUCACCCGAUCGAUUGGGUCAUGCUACGCUGUUGGACGAAGCUUGCCGCAGUCAAAUAUAUCAGGAACGCAUCCCAAUCGAAGUAUGCAUGACUUCCAAUGUUCUAAGCAAAACUGUCCCAAAAUAUGAAGAUCACCAUGUGAAGGACCUUCUUCUUGCAGGACAACCAUUUGUGAUUUGCACGGACGACAAGGGCGUUUUUAGAGCUGACCUGUCAGAUGAGUAUAUGCGGGCAGCCACCGCUUUCACUAUGACCAACCAACAAUUGUAUGAAGCAUCGUUCGCUUCUAUAGACGCCAUCUUUGCUGGCGAUGCAACCAAGGAAUCUAUUCGAAAAGAAUGGAAUCAAUGGUAUGAAAGAAAUGUACACUACUUUGACAAAGUCUAGUUAUAAGAGAUAGAGUGUCAUAACCUUAGUUAACUACUGCAUAUAAUGAAGAAUGAACUAUUCAAAACAGAAUACAUGUUUCAUAAACAGAUAA